AUGUGGAGGAUACUGAAUAUUAUAAGUCUAUAUCUGUGUUCAUAUGUGUUGGCUGCUAAAACUUUAAAAAACCAAAAUAAUGUCCCAGCAAUCCUAUUCUCGCACAGACUAAGAUCACCUGAAUUAUUACAACAUCAAGAGGCGUACGAUUUUGCCCUGAGUUUACCUGUUUCGGAUUUUAACAGCAUUGUGAAGGAACAUAUUAACCAUUGCACUUCGAAGGCAUAUGUUUUCGUCAAUCAACCAGGUAUCAGGAAACUCGAUUUCUUUUACUAUAAGAAAAACUUCAUAUUCUUGCAACGAUACAUCUUCGAAAGUUCCAGUGCCAUUAAAUUUGAAAAGGUAGACCUGUUACCUUCAGAUACAUUUGAUGAUUUAAUAACGUACGUGCAAGACACAUGUCAUAUAGAUGAAAUUAUUAAGAUUAGAGGCAAUGAAACGGAUGAUUUUGAACCCUAUAUUGAUGUCAAUAGCAGAAUACUUCGCAUUGAUUUCCCUGCCCUGCCUGAGAAUUCGUCGAAAGAUCGUGAAUUUGCCAUUGAAUCAUACGACAAAUUCUUAAGAUAUGUCCUGGCGCAAAUCCCAUCACCUCAGAUAAGUGUCAUAUAUACUUCCCUGGAACCACAUAUGGUUGAUCCCUCUGAAUCGGUGAUCCCCAUUGAAAUAUUCCCGGAAGUGUUUAGGAAUAAAAAUAAAGUGGAGAAGAAUGACAGGAAAUCCGAGAUAAAUCCUUCGUUUAAUGAACCAAGGCCCAAGUUUAAAGAGAUGAGUUCAAAAUACAUAUCAAUCUUUGAUAGCGAUUUCGUGGAGGAGAAUUAUACGCUUUUGCAACUUAUAGUGACUACAUUGGUUGGUUUUAUCCUAUUUGAGUUUAUAUUCCAUCGGAAGGAUGCCAAUCCAAAGAAAGUCACAGUGAAAUCUAAAUCUAAAUCUAAAUCCAUAAAGGAAUCAGAGAAACAAGAUGAGAAACCUGCUAUAACUAAGGAAGAGGAUAAAUCAGAAAAGUCUUCUUGUUGA